AUGUCCUGCUCUUUGGAUGCUGCAGACGGUACUCUUCGGGCCGGAAUCGCACCUGCCGACGUUUUCAUACUUUCUCGGCUGAACGACACGACAUCCUACUUCUUCGCGUGGUUCUGCAAGAAGUACCGAAUCCAAAUUGGCCCUCCACGUGGACUCGGAGGCAAGGAAGAAAAUACCAGAUGCCCUAUCUGUUUAGACUCUUGCACGAAGUCCAUCGAACUCCAGUGUGGCCAUUCUUUCUGCCGCUCGUGCCUCAUACGGUCGGCCGCGAACAACAUGACCUCAUGCGCCCUCUGCCGACGGGAGCAAGAGAUCGACCCAGAGCAACUCCGCGCCCGAUUCGAUGAGCAACGAAUGCUGAACCUAGCUCAGCGCCUGGCGAUCCUACCGCCGCCGUUGCGCUCGCGCCCUAGCGCAACCAGUGCCGCCAUGUCCGCCAGCGAAGGAGCGUACGAAGAAAAGGAUGUGCGUGUCAGAGUGAAGGUUGUCCCAACCUCAACGACGGGGCGUGAAGUGUUUGUUGGUCUAGGAGGAGACGUAGGAGCAAUGUCAUCCGACGAUCUUCGCCGUCGAUGGAGCUGCGGGGUGCAUACGGCAAGUGCAACCGCUGGAGCAGCAUCCUCUUCCGAGCUUCGUUCUUCCUGGCGGGAAUCGCAUGACAGGUCACGCUCUCUCAUGCCCAUGCACAGUGAGGGCGAGCUUUGCGGCACUUCCUGUCAGGUGUUGCACGGAGCUGAUAGCGUCAGCUGCUCCGGCCACGCCGAUAUUGGCAGUCAUUUUACAGGUGCCAGCCCGCGUAGGAGCCCUGACUCGCAAUGCGCAGGAAGGGGCCGGGUGGAUUCAAUGUGUCUUGAACGGCACAGCUCGCCCAGAAUCCCGUCUAGCAAUUUCGGAGAUGAUGCAUCCGCAUCUGCUUUACCAGCUCGUGGGGGGAAUACGACACCGUUUGAAACGAGCGAUGUCGGUGGCUUGGACGCCGCCUGUCUUCGGAAACGCUGGCACGAGGCGAUGGAGUUCGGCGACGUGGGAGACAUGCCGGUGAGCGAGCUCGCUGAAAGUCUGACUCUGGCAACCGAUCUGCGGACUUGCAGCGAGGAUAUGACGCCAUUUGAAACAAGGGAUGUCGGUGGCUCGGAUGCAGCCUUCCUCGGGAAGCGCUGGCACGAGGCGAUCGAGACCGGCGACGUGGGAGACAUGCCGGUGAGCGAGCUCGCUGGAAGGCUGUCUCGGGAAGCCGAUUUGCUAGCCCGUGGGGACAAAACGACACCGUGUGAAACGAGCGAUGUCGGCGGCUUGGAUGCAGGCUGUCUCGGGAAACGCUGGUACGAGGCCAUGGAGACCGGCGACGUGGGAGACCGACCAGUCAGCGAGCUCGCGAGGAAGCUGGCUCUGGCAACCGGUUUGCCAACGUACAGUGACGAUGCGUUGUCGUUGGGAAGGAGCGAUGUCGGCAGCUUGGGCGUGGCCUGUCUCCGGAAGCUCUGGCACGAGGCGAUGGAGUUCGGUGAUGUAGGAGACAUGCCAGUCAGGGACCUCGCGGCAAGGCUGGCUCUGGCAACAGAUCUGCCAACGUGCAGAGAGGAUGGGACAUUUGAAACGAGUGAUGUCGGCAGCUUGGACGUGGCCUGUCUCCGGAAUCGCUGGCACGAGGCGGUGGAGUACGACGACGUGGGAGACAUGCCGGUGAGCGGGCUCGCUGGAAGGCUGACUCUGGCUAUCGAUCUGCGGACGUGCAGCGAGGAUGCGUUGUCAUUCGGAAAGAGCGAUGUCGGCGGCUUGGACGCGGCCUGUCUCCGGAAUCGCUGGCACGAGGCGAUGGAGUUCGGCGACGUGGGAGACAUGCCGGUAAGCGAGCUCGCUGGAAGGCUGACUAUGGCAACCGAUCUACCAACGUGGAGCGAGGAUGCGCUGUCAUUCGGAAGGAGCGAUGUCGGCGGCUUGGACGCGGCCUGUCUUCGGAAACGCUGGCAAAAGGUGGAGUUCAGCGACGUGGGAGACAUGCCAGUCGGCGGGAUUGCGCCAAGGCUGACUCUGGCAGCCGGUCGCCAAGGUGUGGGAGGUAUGCCAAGCGUGCAAGUCGGAGAGCGCUGGAAUUUGCAGGAGGCGAAACUGCUCAGGCAGUCUGGAUGUUCUCAUGCGAACAGGAAGUCGUUCCUCUCGAAGAUGGGAGCACGUACUGCACGGGGCUGCACGGUGGAACAUCUGGAUGUAACGUCGAAUUGCUGUGUCCUGCAAGAGCAAGCUGUUCAAGCGGCAACUUCGAGCGCGGGCGGGCACGGAUCGGCCCCAGUCGGGUAGUUCCGAGGUUCCCACUGCAAGGCCAUUCGAGAACGCUUGCAUACCGGAGGCCGUCCUUGUACCUGGUGUAGGCGUAGGAAUUGGAGUCAAUUGUGAUAAUAAUUGUCGCGUGGAGUGGCUAUUUAUGGAGUAGGUGGGUUAUCCGUAAGUGGGUUAACCACCCAUUUGUUCCUGCAGCAUUCGAUGUCUCCAAGUUGCGUGUUGACAGCGACGUAUUUUGCGUUUUACCUGUGCUAGGUUAUGUGUGCAAUAUUCUCCUUGGUGUUGCCGUAGCUGUGAAUAACUCCGUGUGCAUGGUGUAGUAGUGUGGCCUGUAGCACCUG